AUUAUUAUCAUCAUCAUUCCUAUUAAAACCUCAUCACCCUCGUCUUCUCCAUUCCAACAAUUACAAAAACUUCAAAUUCCUUCAAAAUGCCAAAUGUGUCCACAACAACAACAUAUCCAAUGUAAUCCCACAUGUGGAGUCCUCUCGUAGGAUGUACGCAGACCUUAACUCUACCUUAGCCCCAACGACGAAAAAUAAGAUCGUCGUAAUAAUGGGUGCUACAGGUUCAGGUAAAUCAAAACUCUCAAUCGACCUAGCCACUAAUUAUUUCCCAUCAGAAAUAAUUAAUUCAGACAAAAUCCAAGUCCUUAAAGGGCUCGAUAUUACAACAAACAAAAUCUCAAUACAAGAACAAAACAACAUCGUUCAUCAUUUACUUGGUGAGUAUGAAUUUUCCUUUUCCGAUUUUACCCCUUCAGAUUUCAGGUUUGAAGCUAAUAAAAGAAUUUCCGACAUCAUUAAUCGAAACAAAAUCCCAUUAAUAGUUGGUGGGUCCAAUUCAUUUAUCUACUCUUUAUUAUCAAACCGGUUUAACCCGAGUUUAGAUGUAUUCGAUGAGUUAAACCCGGUUCAGUGUAUAUCAAAAGAGCUCCGGUUUAACUGUUGUUUCAUCUGGGUUGAUGUUAAAACUCCGGUUUUAAAUCAGUAUUUAGACAAAAGAGUUGAUGAAAUGAUGAAAACCGGAAUGUACGAGGAAUUAGAAGAGUUUUUCAAGGAAAACGGGUUUGGUUCCGGGUCGGGUCGGGUUGCCGGGUUGUGGAAAGCGAUAGGGGUACCGGAAAUGGAAGGGUAUUUUAGGAAAAAGAAGAGUUACGAGGAAGCGUUGAAUGAGAUUAAGGAGAAUACGAGGUUGUUAGCGGAAAAGCAGAUGUGGAAGAUCGGACGGUUGAGAGAAGCUGGGUGGGACCUACAGAGAGUAGAUGCCACGGAAGCAUUUAAGGCUGCGAUGAUGACGUCAGUGUCGCCGGAGGAAAGUAAUAAGGUUCAGGCAAGGGUAAUAUGGGAAAGAGAUGUUUUGAUACCAAGCAUGAAGAUUGUGAAACAUUUUCUGUUGGAGUAAGUAGGUUUGGUUUUUCCAGCUAAUUACACCUCUUCUAAAUUCUCCUCCCCCCCUACCCCACCUUUCUUCCCGCCUCCCUUUUUUUAAAUCAAUUUUGAGAAACUUUUUUUUUUUAUUAUUUUAAUUAUAUAGGGGUAGGAAAAGGAGAUUACAACGUGAAGAUUUGAAUUCUCAGUUAGAUGAAAGAUCAGGUAGUCAAGCAAAUGGGCUACUAGAUUCUUAACUAAAGAAAAGCAUAUGAAAUGAGGCUGUCGAAAAGAGGGAGUGAAGUGGCGACCAGUUUUGACGGCUUUUUUUUGAUCUGCUAACUUAUUACGUAAAUAUACGAAAAAAAUGAAAGAAAAAUCAAGAAACUUAGUCUUUUUGUAUUUCUCUUCUAUAAUCCCUUUUUGUUUUCUCAUUAUAUUUUCUCUUUUUUGUGUUUUUUGAGUGAGUUGAAAACUUUACAUGAUAUAGAGCCCGUUUGG